AAACAUUAUUGUUGGACUCGGUGGCACAAGAUGGUUCGUCUCCACAUCAUAGUAAGUUUCUUCACGGUCCUGAGCACUAUAUCAGCGUACAAAAAUCCGUAUUAUGCCAGCGGAAGAUCCGUGAAUGUUCACCUUUUCGAAUGGAAGUGGAAUGACAUCGCUGAUGAAUGCGAGCGGUUCUUGGGACCUAAAGGAUUCGGUGGAAUUCAGAUAUCACCUCCCAAUGAAAAUGUAGUGCUUUGGGCAUAUAACCGACCCUGGUGGGAGAGGUACCAGCCAAUGUCUUACGCGCUUCACACAAGAUCAGGCUCCGAAGCUGAAUUCAGUGAAAUGUUAAGACGAUGUAAUAACGCUGGAGUAAGAGUUUACGUUGAUGCAGUGAUCAACCACAUGACGGGUGAGCCUUCAGAGAAUGUUGGUACAGCUGGUAAUACCGCCAAUUUCCGAGAAUGGUAUUAUCCUGCUGUUCCCUACACUAGGGAGCAUUUCAAUUGGCCACAUUGUGUCAUCGAUGGAAUGGACUACGUAAAUAACGCUUGGAGGGUCCGCAACUGUGAGCUGGUAGGACUGAAGGAUUUAAAUCAAAGCAAUGAACACGUGAGACGGAGUAUUGUCGAUUUUAUGAAUAGACUUAUUGAUUUAGGCGUUGCUGGUUUUAGAAUCGACGCAGCAAAACACAUGUGGCCUCAAGACUUGCGCAUCAUCUACGAUCGUCUACGAAACCUCAAUACUGCUCACGGGUUCCCACAGAACGCUCGUCCUUACAUCUACCAAGAAGUUAUUGACUACGGUGGGGAAGCCAUCAGCAGGGACGAAUACACACCAUUAGCAGCUGUCACUGAGUUCAAAGCUGGAGCAGAACUGAGCAAUGCAUUCAGAGGCAAUAAUCAACUCAGAUGGCUACAAACGUGGGGUACACAAUGGGGUCUGUUGGAAAGCGGUGAUGCUCUUACAUUCAUUGAUAAUCAUGAUAAUGAAAGGGACCACGGUGGUGGUGGAAAUGUAUUGACAUACAAACUGUCUCGUCCGUAUAAAGCAGCUAUUGCUUUCUUGUUGGCGCAUCCGUAUGGUGAGCCACAGAUUAUGAGCAGUUUCGAUUUUUGGGACACCGAGAUAGGCCCGCCUAUGGAUAAUGCAGGCAACAUUAUAUCACCUUCUAUUAAUUCCGAUGGGACCUGCGGAAAUGGGUGGGUUUGUCAGCAUCGCUGGAGACAGAUCUACUCCAUGGUUGCAUUCAGGAACGAGGCUGGUGAUGCUGGGAUGAACAACUGGUGGGAUAAUGGAAGUAACCAGAUCGCCUUUAGCAGGGGAAACAGAGCUUUUAUUGCAUUUAACAACGAUAACUGGGAUCUGAACCAAAACUUAAUGACUGGACUCCCAGCUGGGACAUACUGUGACGUCAUAUCAGGCACUAAAGUGAACAACAAUUGUAGCGGAAAGACUGUACACGUGGGAAGCGAUGGCCGAGCACAAAUAUCUGUGGGUGCUCAGGAUUACGAUAUGAUGGUGGCAAUACAUGUUGGAUCUGAGAGUCGGCUGUGAUCUGGAGGGGAAUCUGAUUUGGGGAAAUAUAAAUGAAAUCUGACUGUUAUUGUAUCCUGUGAU